CUCUCCUACUCCUGCCCCCACGCGCGGGGAAAACAUUACCAAAUCCGAGAGCGCACGCGGAACGAUGGCUGCAGCUGCAGCAACCGUGGAUCGUAUUUUCCACGCAGAGCCGCGCGUCGCUUGACACGGAGCAGUUUCCACGCGUCAACCGCUGCGAUGCAAUCAAUUGCGAUAUACAAAUAACGACGAAGGCCACCGCUGGUUUUGCAGUCGUCUCCUUUUCUGGGGAGGGAGCCUUGGAUCUUCCAGCUGCUCCACGCAUCUCUCGGAGCUGCACCUAGUAAAGGAGGAGGGGGGUGGGAGUACGAUAGCAUCCCUCCAUCGCAACGCAUCGCACCCCUCCCUUUCCCCCCCUUAUUCUUAUUCUGCCCUGUCUCAUACCAUCAUACACCAAAGCUCCAGGGGUCUCGUCUAGCCGGGGACCAAGAAAGGGGGAGGAGGAGGAGGAGGGAGGGAGGGAGGCUGGUUGUGGCGCACUCUCCGCGUGGGAAGGCCGGACUGAAGCGCCCCUCUCUCGGAGGAUGUUGCGGGAGUAGCACGUCUCAGAGUGGAAGAUGGGGAAGGACCAGGAGUUGCUGCAGGCGGUGAAGACCGAAGACCUGCUCACCGUGCAGAAGCUUCUGCAAAGGCCAGGGAAAGCAAAGCUGCUUGGGUCUGCAAAGAAAGUGAAUGUCAACUUCCAGGAUACAGAUGGAUUUUCCCCUCUGCAUCAUGCAGCCCUUAACGGCAACAUGGAGCUUAUCACUCUGUUGCUGGAGUCGCAGGCAGCUGUUGACAUCAGAGACCAGAAAGGUAUGCGGCCGUUGCACUACGCGGCCUGGCAGGGGAAGGCGGAGCCUAUGAAGAUGCUCCUAAAAUCGGCUUCGUCUGUCAAUGUCCAAUCAGAUGAAGGGCAGAUUCCUCUGCACCUGUCUGCGCAGCACGGCCAUUACGACGUGUCGGAAAUGCUGCUGCAGCACCAGUCCAACCCGUGCAUUGUGGACAAUGCGGGCAAAACACCUCUGGACCUUGCCUGUGAGUUCGGCAGAGUUGGGGUUGUCCAAUUAUUACUCUCGAGUAACAUGUGUGCUGCUCUGCUGGAACCCAAGAAAGGAGAUACUACCGAUCCCAAUGGGACAUCUCCUCUACACUUGGCUGCCAAGAAUGGACACAUUGACAUCAUUAGACUGUUGAUCCAGUCGGGAAUCGACAUCAACCGACAGACCAAAGCGGGCACUGCCCUGCACGAGGCGGCCCUCUGCGGCAAGACCGAGGCCGUGAGACUCCUGCUGGAAAGUGGCAUCAAUGCUACGGUGCGAAACACGUACAGCCAGACGGCGCUGGACAUUGUGUAUCAGUUCACUGCAACCCAAGCGAGCAAAGAGAUUAAGCAACUACUCCGGGAGGCGUCAGCAGCUCUUCAAGUUCGGGCCUUGAAAGAUUACUGCAACAAUUAUGACUUAACCAGCCUCAACAUCAAAGCAGGAGAUGUCAUUACGGUGUUGGAACAGCAUCCUGAUGGACGCUGGAAAGGCUGUAUCCAUGACAACCGAACAGGAAAUGAUAGAGUGGGCUACUUCCCUUCCACCAUGGUGGAGGUCAUCAGCAAACGAACAGGUUUGGCCAGCACAGUCAUUUGCACUCAACAGUUUCAAAAGAUACCGCUGGUUGCCCCGGCGACGGUUGCCCCCGCCAACGUGGUAGUCAACGGCAACGACACCACGUUCCAUCAGAUCCAUAUCCUGCCUCCACCGCCUCCUCCUCCUCCACCACAUUCCCAUCAGCCACUGCUUCCACUUUUCACUUCCUUUGGCUAUAACAGGUCGCCCGUGACGACCCCACAGGGAGACACCCCCACUGCCCCAGGUUGUCGUGGCUCAGAGGCAAGUCCUCACAGCUCCCCCACCACGUCCUGUGGGCCCCACGGAGGCUCCAAUGAAGAGAUCUGGGUACUGCGCAAGCCUGUGGCAGGUGGAGACCGAAGCAGUUUCGGGAGUUCUGGAAGUGUGACCAGUGUGAGGUCAUCAGGCAGUGGUCAGAGUGCUGGAAGCGCUGCACAUAUCCUCCAUGCACAGGCGGAAGGAGUCAAGCUUCUAGCCACGGUGUUGUCUCAAUCUGCCAAAGCCAAGGAACAUUUACUGGAGCAGUCCAAGUCUGUAGACCAGCCUGCAGUAGGUUCUGCCAGUUCUUCUCGGACAUCGAGCCUAUCGGGCUGUCCUCUUCACGAAGCGCCGCCUUAUGAUGCCGCAGCGGGCAGGAAGGGGGAGGCGCCAGGCGAAGGGAAGGAUCUGACAGCUAUUGGAAUAACUAAACCAGGUCACAGAAAGAAGAUGACAACAGAGAUUAAUAAAAUGAGUGUCACCGAGUGGCUGCCUGAUCAGAAACCCGCCAGUCUUGGAGAGUGGUUGUGCGCCAUCGGUCUAAGUCAGUACCACCAAGUAUUAGUUCAGAAUGGUUACGAGAACAUCGACUUCAUCACAGACAUCACUUGGGAGGACCUGCAAGAAAUUGGCAUUACCAAACUGGGCCAUCAGAAAAAGCUAAUGUUGGCGGUGAAGCGACUAGCUGAAAUGCAGCGCAACUCAGAUGGGCGUGGCUCCCUCAGAAAGAAGCCGCCACCAAUCACACAGCAGCAGGAAGUGAUGUCAUUGGAAAGCCCACCUCCAGAAGAUGUGAUGUCUCCAAAAAUGACCACCUUCCAGGACAGCGAGUUGAGUAGCGAGUUGCAGAAUGCCAUGAGUCAUUCGGCUCAGGAGGUCAAAGCACAGCCGGCGCGUAGUCUCAACAAGGAUCCUGACGAGUUGAACUCUGGAGGAGGACCGCCGAAGAAGGAGGCGAGGACAAUGAGGCAGCAGAGCAGCCAAGGAAGUAACUCCUCCCACAGGAGCAGCGUGUCUUCGCAAGGCAAACACCGUCACUCCCACUCCCAUUCCCAGCCUGCACCUCCCUACACGCCCCCUCACACUCCAACCAAGACCAGGACGUCAUCGUCUUCUUCCACCUCCUCCGUCCAGAGCACGUCCUCCCCCCAGUCCAAACACAGGGUCUCCCCCCAGUUUAUCCAAGGCGAAACGCCUCUCUCGCCACGCUCGCACCCUCCUCAGUCUCCAAACCAUCGCGGCGCUCCGCUCCAGUCCCCUCAGCAGAAUCAAACCCACCAUCACAACCACCCCCAUGAGAUCGGGGAUUGUACACAAGCACAGGUCCCGUUCCUCUCCCUCCCGCCCGAGGCUGAGCUGGCAGACGAAGCAGAUCUCCAGAAGAAGCGAGCCAACAGUCUCAACCGGCGGCACGCUACGUCAGAUGGCGAGUGUGAUGAGAGGACGGCGGCUGGACGAGGGCGGGCUGGGGAAGGCCACGUCGCCACGAGCCAAGGCUCCAACGUUAGAGCAGAAGGUGUUAAAUACGCCACGGUCAGCCACGGCGUCAACCGCAGCCACUCGGUCCGCAACCAAGACAAAAGUCUUACUCGCAACCAGCCGCAGUCCAUCACUCUGCGCCAGAAGAAGAAAGGUCCUCCCCCGCCGCCUCCUAAACGCUCCAGCUCGGCCAUCUCCACCUCCAAUCUGACAGAAGGGAAUGCGCCCUUGCAAGUGCUGACUACCACCGAUGGGAUGCUGGAUGUGCCUUAUCACCAACAACGGCGAGCCAGCGAUUUGGGAGUAUCUGUUGAAACAGGAGCUGUGGAGACAAACAGUAUGGGAAGUGUGAGGAGCAUCGCCGCCAUGCUGGAAAUGUCUUCUAUAGGGGGCGGAGCCAAAGGGAUGGCCCUGCAAAAGAACUUCCUGCAGGCCGGGAGAACACGCGAAACAAUCGGUCUGGACGGCGAAGUGGUGAACCGACGACGGACCAUUAGCGGGCCCGUCUCCGAGUUGGUGGCAGCGGCGAGGCGUGACCAGCCGACACUGUCUGUCAUCUCCCAGCCUGAAUCCUCCCCGCCUCCCGUAACUUCACCUUCUCCCAAUCCAAGCCCCGGAGGAAGUGGGAGUUCUUCCGAAAACCUGCCAUUUGCCGAGGAGGGAAGCCUGACCAUCCGCCGACAAGGUCGAGGAGAAGGACAGGGUGAUGGCGAGGGCGAUGGCGGGUACACUCAGGAGGACAUCGCCCGGGUGGAAGCCACGGCAACCCUCAAGCGCCGGCCCCGCAGCUCCAAGACCCACCCCAACGGCUCAGGCUUCACCCUCCAGGAGUCGUCCACCGUCAAACGGAGACCCAAGAGUCGCGACAAGGAACCGGAGGGAUACGCAGUCCUCGCUGGAGAUCCUCCGGGUAGCGGACCGCCCGACACCCCGCAACCGGUACUUUACCAGAACGGUACGGCCACCAUGAAACGCCGCCCGGUGUCUGAGGCCGGAGUGACGGAGCAGCCCCGAGCGCAGCCCCAACCCCAAUCCCAAGAGACUGCUGCUCCUCGAAGGGACAGUUUGGACAAAGGCCUUCCAGAAGAAGCUCCAGUGAAGAAACCAAAACCGCCCGUCUCCCCGAAGCCAGCCAUGGCUCAGAUCAAGAGACAAGCAGUCACGCAGAACAGCCCACAGACAGCCUCCAACAGGAGAGUCCCUCUACCGGGACCGGGGACACCUGUCAGUCCAGUGGAAGGAAAAAAGAUCCCCCCUCCGGUCUCGCCCAAACCCGCCCCGCCACCGACGGCGCCUAAGCCAGCCAAAUUGAUCCACUCCAUGACCAGCCCCCCUUCCCCGUCCUCGGCCACGCCUCUGGCAAAACUACACCCCGCGGUGGCCCGGCAGAGCAGCUCGCCACCUUCGCUUCCCAAUUCCAACACCCCCAGUCCACCGAACGUGAAGCUCCCCAGCCCGUCGGCACAAAGUCCGCAGACUCCCACCACGCCGCAGACUCCUCAGACCCCCGCCACUCCCAGCCCGCCAGUCAAGCCUCCUCGCUCCUCCAUCGGCGGCGUAUCUGUGGACAGCGGGAUGACGAUGGCGAUGAAUACCCCCGUGUCCUCCACGACAGACUUUGGUGUGGAUUCUUUGGUGCAUCAAAAGCUGGAGGAGACGAGCGCCUCGCUCGCUGCCGCCCUGCAGGCCGUAGAGGACAAGAUCUUGCGGCAGGAGGAUUCCGUGACGGAGCAAAAAACCACCGUGAGCAUUCUGGACGACAUCGGCAGCAUGUUCGACGACCUGGCCGACCAGCUGGACGCCAUGUUGGAGUAAGCUGUCGGUCGGCACGUCACCACGGCGACGCUUCAACCCAAAGUGGCACAACGGGCAAUUGGGCUCUCCAUCUCUCUUCCUCGUCAUCCUUUGCUCAUGGACUUGGCAUUCUUCCCGUCGUCUGCGCCAUCUGUCCGUCCAGCGCUGCUCUGGGAAGCCUCUCAUCCUCCUCUCCAGGCGGAGCGAGAGAGAUAGAGA